CCUCUUUAUACAUCUUGAUCCCUACUCCACAUCCCGUUGCAUAUCUCUUUCUUCCUCCUUGCGGGGCACCUUCACCGACUUCUCAAGACUAGACCACUAGCAACUCGCGUCCUCGACGGUUAGUUCUGCUUUCAUACAGCGACUAACAAUCCGGUCGUAUUCGUGACACGCCACCACCUCCAAGCGAAGCGCGUGCUAUGGCUUUCGCUAACGUUGUGGACGCCGUCGUCAAGUCUCAGCACGAAGCAGCAAAGAAUGAGCAUGCAACAGAUGGGCCAAGUCAUCCAAGUAACACGGAACACCAUGAUGGUGGCGAUGGCGGCGUAGGCCAUGGCAGCAAUACCGAAGCCAAUCGCUAUGCUAAGCCUGAUGGUCCUCACAGAGGUACCAAUGGGCACGUUCCAAACUCCAGAACUCCAGACGGCAGCCCGCCCCUUCGUGUUUCCCUUCCAGACACUCCUUCAGCACGCACUGGCCCUCCUCGCUCCUUCUCUUACAAUUUCUCUUUCCCUAACACCCCCAGUAGUCCUUACAACGUCAGAUCAUCUAGCAAGCCAGUUGAAGAGGACGACAUUCCGGAAGAUGCAAAUGACAAUAUUCCUGAGCCAAAGGGAUUCCCUUUCAGACUUCACUCUCCUCACGCUUCGUUCCGUGGGGCAUUCGAAGCGCCGCCUACGCCAAGCGAGAAGCAUUCCAUGGAUAAGAAGGGCAAAUGUCGCGAGAGCAGGUCCUAUAUCGACGAGUUCAAGAACUUCUCCUCGCGCUUCGUUCACGACUCCCCUGCCGAGGAGCGCGACGAUCCCAUGCAGGAGGAAAAUCAACAUCAGGAAAAGGAGAAGAAGGAGUCGAAACUGAGGCACCACACCACGGAAUCCGAGAAGAAGAACAGCGUGCAAAACGGAAGCGCUCAUUCGGCUUUACAGCGUUCUCAAUCGCAUCCUUCGCCUCGAAGUGGACUGAAGAGGAGUCCUGGUUCCGCCAGGUGGGGUCGCCUCCGUUCCUUGCUUCCGGCAGUCAUUCGGCAAACCGGCUCUCAUGGUGGACAGACACAUUCUGCCGUUACAAAUCAUGAGGUCAACAUCACCGACGAACUCAUUAGUGGCGGUUUGUCUAUGUUGAUGAUGAAGCUUUGGUUUGAGCGUGACGAAAAAGGUCACCGUCGUAUCCCCAUUCUUUUCCACCGUUUGCGUAUACGCAUCAGCGAUAGUUUGCAUGCUCUCCAUGGUCACAAAGCUGUCUUCAGAAUAGAGUGUGAAUACGCUAACGGAGCCGCUCGCUGGGUCGUUUAUCGACAACUCCGCGACUUUGUUUCCCUACACACUCAUUACACUAUUUCCAACGCGGUCAACAACAGCGAAGACGUUCUUCCUAAAUUUCCCCGUACAAGUAUACCCUAUUUCAAGUUUCUUAAGAGAGAAGGUGAAGGGCAGAUUCGACAUGCAGACUUUGCUCGACUCCAGCGCGAAGCCCUUGAGGACUAUCUAAUCAAACUCAUUCGUGCUGUGAUGUUUCACCCUUCAUCGAACCGCCUGGCUGGUUUCCUUGAGAUUAGUGCACUAUUUAUCUCUCAAGCUCAAUCAGGCGGUACGCAGUACAAGGCUGGCUACCUUCGCAUUGAAUCUUCAGGCCCUGGCGCUAGCCUCGGACGCAAGGCAGUAAAGUGGAGGGAAAGGAAAGAAGCCAGGUGGUGUGCAGUUCGCGAGAGCUACUUGGUCAUCUUGGAGCAGCCCGGAGAGCUUUCUGUCUGGGACGUUUUCUUGCUGGACUCGGAUUUCAAAAUCAUACGUCCGACGCGUUAUUAUCGCAAGGGUCUCCACAUGUUGAAGCCGGAUCUGGAUGAAGGAGAAUAUCCCGCCCAGCACGGAGUCCAGGAGGGCCACUUUGAUCCCAGCAGAGAGGUUGACUGCCUGGGUGCCAUCGAGUCCUUCAAACUUCGCCUGUCCAGAGUGUUCAGCCAUCGUGAUCGUCCGGCCGCGAGUGUGGGACCAGGGCACUCGACUCAUUCCGAGGGGCAGCGUCCACACCAGAGGUCGGGAUCGGUUUCGUCUGGAAGUUCGGCAUCAAGCAUAGCGUCCAGGCAACCGACUCCAUUGUUGGACCCGUCGACCAACCCACACCCUUUUGCUGGUGACGGCCACGAGCAUAGAGAAGCGGAUGAACACGAACAGGCUAAAGGCAAGAAGAGGAGCAAGAGCGAUGUAUCCAAGCAUACCUUCUAUGUCGAGAACUCACAGAUGCGGCUGAAACUGUUUGCGAGGAACGAGCGCCAAAUGCUGCAAUGGAUCACUGCUCUCGAGAAAGUUGCUGCCACGUCACAUUAUACCGGAAACAAUCGCUUUGAUAGUUUUGCUCCUAUACGGCUGAACGUUGCUGCUCAGUGGCUGGUUGAUGGUCGUGAUUAUAUGUGGAACCUUUCUCGUGCGAUUCUUCUUGCUCGUGAAAGCAUCUACAUUCACGAUUGGUGGCUCUCGCCGGAGCUUCAGAUGCGUCGUCCCGAUAAGGACAAGUAUCGCCUUGAUCACUUGCUUGAACGCAAAGCAAAAGAAGGCGUCAAAAUUCAUAUUAUCCUUUACAAGGAAGUAUCAAGUAGGACCACACCAACAGACAGCAACUACACGAAGCAACGGCUCACCGCUUUGCAUCCCAACAUCAUGGUUCAGCGCUCGCCAUCGCACUUCCAAACCGGUACAUUCUACUGGGCGCAUCACGAGAAGCUCUGCGUCAUUGACCAAACCAUUGCCUUCAUGGGUGGCAUUGAUCUUUGUUUCGGAAGAUGGGAUACCCCUCAACACGUCAUCUUGGACGAUGCAGACAUGACACCACAGAAGACUGAGAUCUGGCCUGGAAAGGACUACAGCAACGCCCGUAUCUGCGACUUUCAUACCCUCGACAAGCCCUUUGAAGACAUGUAUGACCGCACGAAAGUGCCAAGAAUGCCAUGGCACGACGUCGGCCUACAAAUCGUUGGACAGCCGGCUCGCGAUCUUGCCCGUCACUUCGUGGAGAGGUGGAACUACCUCUUGAGAAUCAAGAACCACACCAAAGCCAUGCCCUUCCUUAUCCCUCCCCCGGAAUUCCGCUCCGGAGAGCUCAGUCAACUGGGCCUGACGGGCACAUGCGAGAUGCAAAUUUGCAGAUCUGCUGGUCCUUGGUCUCUGGGCACGAAGAGUCGCAUUGAACAUUCUAUACAAAAUGCGUACUUGAAAGCCAUUGAGAUGUCCGACCACUUCGUCUACAUCGAGAACCAGUUCUUCAUCACUUCGACUGUUGUCAAUGACGUUCCCAUCCUCAACGCGAUCGGCGACGCUCUUGUCGAGCGCAUCAUCCGGGCAAACCGGGAGGGUACUAACUGGAAAUGCUGCAUUGUCAUCCCGCUCUUCCCUGGCUUUCCUUAUCCUGUUGACCACAACGAUGCUAGUGCGGUUCGGAUCAUCCUCGAGUGUCAAAACCGGACAAUCUGUCGUGGACCGAACUCGAUAUAUGCACGCCUGCGAAAGGAGGGGAUUGAUCCGGAGGAUUAUAUUUCUGUUUUCUCCCUCCGAAACUGGGCAAAGAUGAGGAACGACGUCCUCACCACCGAGAUCGUCUACAUUCAUGGCAAAGUCUGCAUCGUUGAUGACAGGCUAGCAAUCAUUGGAAGUGCAAAUAUCAACGAACGCUCGCAACGCGGAGACAGAGAUUCUGAGCUCGCAGCGAUCAUCCGUGAUACUGAUAUGAUUGAUGGGACGAUGGACGGCAAACCCUAUAAAGUUGGCAGAUUUUCGCAUACCCUGCGUGUUCGCCUCAUGCGCGAGCAUAUUGGUGUCGACGUCGACAAUAUAUCAGAGGAUGACCAUUUCGCCAGACGCGAACAGAAGGCCGAGUACGAGCAAGAGGAAUGGGACCCCGAGGAUGAGCAAGAGCACGGUCAGCAACAUGAAGUCACCCAGGCGAAACACGAGACUAGAUUGCACAACUUAACGGAUGCAGCAAAGGAAGGCAUCUCACAAACUGCCCAUGCAGCUGGUGACGGUAUCGCCCUUCGCACGGCGCACGCGCUGCGUAAACCUGUACAGAAUGUCGAGCUCCACCAGCCUAACCAGGGAAACCAGGAUGCAUCCAUGCAGGAAGAGCGCAUGACGUUCUCCCGGGACGGGAAGAAGAAACCAGGCUUCGCCAGCGCUAUGGUGCCAACGCUCGAAGAAAAACUCAUCACCGAGCGUCUCCCCCCUGCGGAGUCCGCCGAAAGUCCGCCCCUUCAAGAUAAGUUGGAUCAGCAGAAAGCCUCUGGUAAUCAGGACCAAGGGCCACCGGAGAUGCAUACCACCAACGGACAGGCAUACGGUGCCCCGGCGGGAGCGUCGAAGAGUAUUGAGACAGAUGAGGAGCCACCGCAUUCCAUCUCAGGUAUAAACGAUGCAGACGAGCAGGAGAAAGCUGCGCCUAUGGCCAGGUCAUUGUUGAGGAAACAUCUAAAGGGUAAUCUCGGAAGCAAGACUUGGGCACUGCCGACUGCAGCACCGAAUGUAGAUCCCAACGGCUUCGCCGAUCCCGUGAGCGACAAAUUCUGGAAGAAUGUCUGGGUGGCUUGCGCUGUCCACAACACCGAGAUUUACCGCAAAGUCUUCCACUCAAUUCCAGAUGACCUUGUUACGACGUGGAAACAAUACAAGGAGUUUGUCAUGCACCAUGAGCGCUUCAGCAAACCGGCAAAAGAUAGUUCAAGCCCUGACCCGGUUGCUCGCGUGCCUUCCGAAACUGCUUUCGAAGAUGGUCCAUAUCAGAAGGGAGGCAUUGCCGAUAAAGCCGAUGGAUCUGCACCAGAUGAUGAGAAGCACACGACGGAAAAGGACAGCUCAGAGAAGGAUAACUCUGAGGAGAAUAGCGACAAGUCGGAGCCGAACGAGAAGGACAACAAGGACAACAAGUCUCGCAAACCUGGAAAGAAUAACGGUGUGGAGCCUUUCACCAAGGAGGAGCGCGACGAGAUGGAGGCUCUCUUGAACGACAUCAAGGGGCAUCUCGUGAUUUAUCCGACUCGCUUCUUGGAGGGCGAGGAUAUUGCCGAAAAUUUCCUCUUCACGUCCGAUAGGAUGCUACCUAUGCCAAUCUAUGACUAAAUGGUCAACGCUCAGCGCUCAGUCUUCGCAGCGCGUGUUGCACAUCCCCUUCAGAACAUCGCGGACUUCAAGGACUGACUUAUCCUGCACGAAUGUAAUAUUAUUCUGUACUUAAACCGUUAUCAUCCCUCUUUAAUACCUUCAUUGUAUCGAGUAUCGUUGGCAUAUUGGAUCGGAUUUUAUCUUGCGUUACUCUACGAUAUCGAAUAUUAUCUUGUCUAGAGUUUUUUUUUGGUGUCAGGAUUGACUUGAAUGAUUGAGCGAAGAUAUCAC